ACAAAUGCAUCACCAGCGAGCUGCUGAAGGACAUCCCCCUGCCGGGGGUGCUGGGGGGCAGCUUGAGCGCUGAGGCCGAGCUGCUGAAGGGAGGCCCGCUUCCUUCUCCGAAAGAACUUAUCAAUGGGAACAUCAAAACCAUCACGGAGUAUCGUGAGGAGGAGGAUGGGCGCAAGGUGAAGAUCAUCCGCACCUUCCGCAUCGAGACUAGGAAAGCCUCCAAGGCGGUGGCCCGCCGGAAGGAUCUGAACUGCCAGGAGGAGGAGGAUCCCAUGAACAAGCUGAAGGGGCAGAAAAUCGUCUCAUGCCGUAUCUGCAAGGGUGACCACUGGACCACCCGAUGUCCCUACAAGGACACCCUGGGGCCGAUGCAGAAGGAGUUGGCUGAGCAGUUGGGGCUGUCCACAGGCGAAAAGGAGAAGCUGCCUGGAGAGCCGGAGCCGGUGCAGGCUCAGCAGAGCAAGACGGGCAAGUACGUGCCCCCCAGCCUGAGAGAUGGAGCCAGCCGCCGCGGGGAGUCCAUGCAGCCCAACCGCAGGGCUGAUGACAAUGCCACCAUCCGUGUCACCCACCUGUCCGAGGACACGCGUGAGACUGAUCUCCAGGAGCUGUUCCGGCCCUUUGGCUCCAUCUCUAGGAUCUAUUUAGCCAAGGACAAGACCACCGGGCAGUCCAAGGGGUUUGCCUUCAUCAGCUUCCACCGCCGGGAGGACGCAGCCCGGGCUAUUGCUGGGGUCUCUGGAUUUGGCUACGACCACCUGAUCCUCAACGUGGAAUGGGCCAAACCCUCCACCAACUGA